AAGCCUUUUAUCUUAUUUGUUCUAAGAAUUUCACCGCCCAACACCACUCCCCACCCCCACCCCCAAAUAAAAACAUUGCGCCCCAAGCAGGAGGCAUGGCAAGCAAACGAAAAUCCACAACUCCCUGCAUGGUUCGGACGUCACAAGUCGUGGAACAAGACAUGCCUGAGGAGGGAGACAGGGCCAAAGAAAAAGGAACGGGCACGCCACAGCCUGAUGUGGCCAAGGAAAGCUGGGCCUCAGAACCCGAAAACUCUUCCAAAGAAAAUGACGUGAUUGAGGUGAAGUCUUCGGGGGAACCCCCAUCCAAAAAGCUCCAAGGUGGGUACGAAUGCAAAUACUGCCCCUACUCCACGCAGAACCUGAAUGAGUUCACGGAGCACGUUGACAUGCAGCACCCCAACGUGAUCCUCAACCCCCUCUACGUAUGCGCUGAGUGCAACUUCACAACCAAAAAGUACGACUCCUUGUCCAACCACAACUCCAGGUUCCAUCCCGGGGAGACAAGCUUCAAGCUGAAGCUCAUCAAACACAACAACCAAACUGUGUUAGAACAGUCCAUCGAAGCUACCAACCACGUCAUCUCUAUCACCCAGGGUGGUCCCACAGGUACUGACAACGAUCCCGGGAUCUCGGUGAGCAAAACCCCCAUCAUGAAGCCUGGGAAACCGAAAGCUGAAGCCAAGAAGGUGCCCAAGAAGCCCGAGGAGGCCCCCGCUCAGAACCACGUGGACGGGACUGCCCGCUUGGUGGCCGACGCAGCUGAGAUCCUCUCACGACUCGGUGGCGUGGAGCUCCUCCAGGACUCACUGGGGCAUGUCAUGCCUUCUGUACAGCUCCCACCAAAUAUCAACCUUGUCCCCAAGGUCCCCGUUCCACUGAAUACUACCAAAUACAACUCUGCCCUGGACACCAACGCCACCAUGAUCAACUCCUUCAACAAGUUCCCUUACCCAACCCAGGCCGAGUUGUCCUGGCUGACGGCUGCCUCCAAGCACCCAGAGGAGCACAUCCGGAUCUGGUUCGCCACCCAGCGCUUAAAGCACGGCAUCAGCUGGUCCCCAGAAGAGGUGGAGGAGGCCCGGAAGAAGAUGUUUAAUGGCACCAUCCAGUCAGUGCCCCCGACCAUCACUGUGCUGCCUGCCCAGCUGGCCCCCACCAAAAUGUCACAGCCCAUUCUCCAGACAGCUCUGCCAUGCCAAAUCCUCGGCCAGACCAGCCUGGUGCUGACUCAGGUGACCAGUGGGUCAACCACCGUCUCUUGUUCCCCGAUCACUCUUGCUGUGGCCGGGGUGACCAACCACGGCCAGAAGAGACCUUUGGUAACUCCCCAAGCUGCCCCUGAACCCAAGCGUCCACAUGUCACUCAGGUGCCAGAGCCCCCACCCAAGGUAGCCCAUCCGCCAUUGACCCCCGCCAGCGACCGCAAGAAGACGAAGGAGCAGAUUGCACAUCUCAAGGCCAGCUUCCUCCAGAGCCAGUUCCCUGACGAUGCUGAAGUCUACCGACUCAUCGAGGUGACCGGCCUCUCCCGGAGCGAGAUCAAGAAGUGGUUCAGUGACCACCGGUAUAGGUGUCAAAGGGGCAUCGUCCACAUCACCAGCGAAUCCAUUGCCAAAGACCAGAUGGCUCUAGCAGCCACCCGACACGGUCGCACGUACCAUGCAUACCCAGACUUUGCCCCUCAGAAGUUCAAGGAAAAGACACAGGGUCAGGUUAAAGUCCUGGAAGACAGCUUCUUGCAAAGCUCUUUUCCAACCCAAGCAGAACUGGACCGGCUCAGGGGGGAGACCAAGCUGAGCAGGAGAGAGAUUGAUUCCUGGUUCUCUGAGAGGCGGAAGCUGCGGGACAGCAUGGAGCAGGCUGUCUUGGAUUCCAUGGGGUCUGGCAAGACAGGCCAAGAGGUGGUGGCCCCCAAUGGUGCUCUCUCACGACUCGACCAGCUCUCUGGCACCCAGCUAGCCAGUUCCCUGCCCAUCCCUUCACCAGCAAUUACAAGAAGUCAAGAGCAGGGUCAUCUCCUGAGGAGCACGUUUGCAAGAACACAGUGGCCCACUCCUCAGGAGUAUGACCAGUUAGCGGCAAAGACUGGCCUGGUCCGAACUGAGAUUGUGCGUUGGUUCAAGGAGAACAGAUGCUUGCUAAAAACUGGAACACUGAAGUGGAUGGAGCAGUAUCAGCACCAGCACGUUGUGGACGAUCAUGGCUACAAUGCUGUCUCAAGAAAAGCAACAAAACCCAUCACCGAGAGCCCAAAGAAUGGGAGCGAGGUGGUGCAGCAGUAUUACAAGGACCCCAAGAAGCUCUGUGAAGAGGACUUGGAGAAGUUGGAGUCCAGGGUGAAAGUGGGCAGCGAGCUAGCAAAAGACUGUCUUCCAGCAAAGCCCUCGGAGGCCACCUCGGACAAAUCGGAGGGCAACAGCCGGGACGGCCAUGGCAGCGACGAGAACGAGGAGUCGGGCGUUGUGGAUUGGGUAGAGGUGACGGUUGGAGAGGAGGACACCAUCUCAGACCGGUCAGACAGCUGGAGUCAGACUGCACCGGAGGGCCCGGCGGAGCUGGCUGAUUCAGACUCCGACAGUGUCCCUGCCGAGGCUGGCCAGGCCUAG